AUGAACUACAAACUGAAAUAUGAGAGACUUGAAGAACAGUCAAGGAUUCCUGCAAUCGGGACCCGAGAAGGGCGCACUCGCACGGGCCGCGGAGGCCAACGCCGAGCCUGCGCGGCGGGAGGCGCUGAGAACUCACUGCGCACGCGCCAGUCGGCUGGCCGCACCCACGCGGCGCAGCUCCCAAAGUUGCAGACAGCCCGGCGAACCGCGCAAUGCGCUUCUUCUGCCUGCAGCAGAGAAAAGGGAAGAAAACUCCGCAGGGGCUCCGUUGGCUUCUCCACGAGUGACAACCAUGUUUUCCCAGAUAGAAGACCGGAGCCCUGCUCCUUUGCGAUCCGCCGAGGGCUGCAGAGAGUAUCCUCAUCCAUUUGGGCACCCCUGCCCAGGAAGAGCCCGGCCAUCCCUUUCCAGACUGGAUCCUUAAGAGGUGAAUUUUCUUCCGUGGAUUCCGAUUUGCUCCGUCUGACCAGCCUAGGCAAUCCAGCAUCGCGUGGUACCAGUGCCGCUGGGCACACUCGCUUCACGCCGGCUCCGCCUCACCAGCAAGUGCAUUCCCAGGUGGUCAGGCUCAGGAUGGACCAUGAGCUUUCAAAAAGGAAAAAGGUGGAAAUCCUCAACUAUGCUGCCAUCUGAAUAAGUGUUUCUUUGUAGAUGCACAGAGUCAAGGAAAAUUACAUCCCUGCAUUAUGUAAUGUACCAACAACGCACUUACCCACUGUUUUAAUCUAGGUUAUUCUUGAAAGCAGAGCCUGAGACAAAGGUAGACACAUUCUAUUUAUGAGUCUAACACCCAGGAGCAGGAAUGAGAGAUAGGGGAGUGAACAUGGGGAAAACGGAAACUAAGUCCAAGCAAAACCAGAUACUGCUCUUAUCAAGUGGUCCACCCCUAUUAAUGGCUACAUAAUGCAGAACUUUCUCAGGGUUCUUCUUAAACUUUAUCUCAGAACCAUCUGCCUCAGGGAGAAAGGAGAAGUAUUUCUCCAUCAGCAGCCACCUCCUGUGUGUUGAGGGCUGCUCCUUUGGGGCAUUAACCCACUGCCUCCACCACCCCAUCCCUCUAGGCUGCAAAGAGCUAGCUGACAGUCCAGCUGGUACCUUAGCAUCACACAUUGCUGCAUCAGAGAGGUCUUAAGACAGGAAGCUAGAGUCUUGGUGCAUGCUCAAAGUGAGACAGUGUCAGCACAGAGCAGGGUAAAAUCUUCCCGUAACUGUUCACCAGAACUAUGACUGGAAUCAGAGGUUGAAAAGAUGUGAGACUGUACCCAAGAAGCAUCUUAUAAACCUACGUAAUAUACUGUUAGACUCAUCGAAAUCUAUUUCCUCCCUUCUUUAUAAUCAAAACUUCAGUGUCCAGAAUAAAGUUGGCAGAAGGGUUAAAUUGGAAAGUUAAAUGUACUAGAAGGUGUACAUUUAUAAGUUUUGACCUUGAGUCAUGUUCAAGGAGAAAGUGACAUUGGAACUUGGAAAAUUUAAAAAUGAUUCUACUUGAAAAAUUUGACCAUUGCAUAGAAAUAUUAGCUAUUGUCUAAUCUUUUGUAAUCUUAGAAACAAUCGUGAAUUGUUUGGUGAAAAAUGAAAAAAUAACCAUUUCUUAUGUCUCCAUGACCUUUAUAGACCAAUGUCACUAACUUUUCCUAAGGUAAUUGUUUCCUACUGUCAAAUAGCUCUAGUGAUAUAAAUCUUAACAAUCAAUGAAGGGAAAACUGGUGGAAACAUAGGAAGAAAAAUACUGGGAUAAUUUUCAUCACAUAAAGUAUUGGCAUUAACAUUGGUUAGAAUAGGGGAGAAACUGCAUGACUUGACAACUGGACAUUCCUGUAUGUUGUAUGAGGCCCUGUCUUAACAGAAAUAGUGAUGUCAUCAUCAUCCUCUCUUAUUUGGUCUUGAAUUGCCACCAAUAGGAUAAAACCUUUGAAUUAUUUAACUCAAUAUAUGUUAAGUUUCUACUAUGUGCUGUGUAUUGGUACUAUAAAUAUGAAUAAGACAUAAAAUAUUACAUUCAAAAACAUCAGAAUACAUGUUCUUUUAAAGUAUACCCCAAAACAUUUACCACGUGUUCUGGGGCGCAUGUUAGGCUGGAUCACAAAUCAAGUCUCAAGAAAUUUCAAAAGAUUGAAAUCAUAUAGAGUAUGAAUUAAACCAGAAAUCAAGUACAUAAAGGUAACAAAAAAUUUCCAAAAUGCAUUAAUUUAAGGAACAUACACCUCAUGACCCAUGAGCCAAAAAAUAAAUCACGGCAAAAUUGCAAAAAUAUUUUGAAAUGAAUUUUAAAGAAAAUACUUAGCAUAUUAAAUACUUAUCAUAUUAAAGCUCUAAGUACAUAUGUUAGAAAUUUUACCGAAAGGUUGGCUCUCAGUGUUUCCAGAAGCCAGGGAAAAAGUUUAUACAAUUUGAUCGCUGAGGCAGGGAAACAAAGUGAGACCUCCGAUCGCCCUGCCUUUCUGAGGUGAGCACUCUGGAUCCCAUCGCAGGAGAUCAGAGUCUUGCUGAGUUGAGGAGAGGAAGAUUGGAGUUGAGACUGAGAUAGCUUGAAUUUUCAGGACAAAGUAUCAACAAGGAGGAAGGUAGACAAAGAAAAAAAUCCAGAAAUCUAUGUAGAGACCCCAUUGUGUACAUUGCGGAACACUAAGCCUAACAAUUCUCAAAAUUAGCGUGAGAUUGGGAAAUAUCUAAUUUCCAUCCAGCCACAGUGGAGAGUCCUGACUGAAAACCAGGCAUUCGCUAAAGAUCCCAGAAAGGUUACGUGUUACAUAGGUGGGGCUAAACUAUCCUGACUAAAAACUACACUACACUUGCUCCUCACCCACACAAAAAGCUUAAAAACAAGCCUCAAUAGUAUAAAGCUGAUCUGUAAGUAACUAAACUACCUGCAGAACAAAGUCCAAAUUUAUUAGUUCCAGUCCUCCAAAAAAAACACAUGUAAAAAAAAAAUAGACUUACAGGACAUUUAUUUGGGGAAAAAAAGAAUGCCUGAGAGUUGAAAUAGAGAGGAAGCCAGAGAGACAGAGUCCUCAGAAUACAUAAAAUUUCUGGCCUCCAUGGAGGUGUGAUGGUUAAUUUUAUGCAUGUCAACUUCGCUGGGCCACAGGAUGCCCCAUAUAUGAUCGAACAUUAUUUCUGGUUGUGUUCAUGAAGCUUUUUCUGGAGGAAAUUCGCAUUUGAAUUGAUGGACUGAAUAAAGCAGAUUGCAAUCCCCAGUGUGGAUGGGCUUGAUCCAGUCUUCUAAGGACCCAAAUAAAAUAGGUGGAGGAAGCUUGAAUUUUCUGCCUGAGUGUGGCGCUGGGACACCCAUCUUCUCCUGCCCUUGAACUGGGACUGACACCAUCAGUGCUCCUGGUUCUCAGACCUUCGGACAGUGGACUGGGGGCCUUCUCGGCCUCCAUUAUUGUGUAAGCCAAUUCCUUAUAAUAAAUAAGGGUUUAUUUAUUGAUAAAUCCUUAUAGGUUGAUUAUAAAUCCCUAUUGAUUGAUUGAUAGAUCCAUAGGUUUUAUUGAUCCUGUUUCUCUGGAGAACCCUGACUAAUACAGAAGGAGAGAGGGAAGAAAGGCGGGUUGAGUAGCAGAAAGCUUAGGCUGUAGCACAAUUCUGAUAAAGUUUAAGGUCAGCUGAUGAAGAACACUCAAACCAAAGUCGCCCAUUGGAGGAGCCCCCUACCUCACAGGAAUAGGCCUGCAUUAUUAGUAUACCUUCUUCAUUCAGUUAUCGUUAUUCUUAUGGAAACAACCCAUGGGAAAUGUAGCCUUGGCAUGACUGUAUCAAUGGAUUCAUAGAGCAGUAGCAGGGACCCCCCCAGUCAAUUACGUUCCACAGCAAGAGAUCUCAGUGGUGCAUAUCCACUGCUGGCUCAGUCCACCCCUUGGGCUGCACAGCUCUAUUCAGGCCUAGCUGCCAGGAAGAUUACUAGGUGUCAUUGUCAACUCAGGCUCUGUGCCCAGUAAACCUGGAAAUGUCUGGAUAUUCUUCCUUGCCAGCAUAUAGUCAUAAAUCUAUUUGGGGAAGAACUUGCCAUUUCAUCAAAGUCUGUACAUGUAUAGCAGGGUUCUUCCUCCUAGUGACCUGUGACCUAGUAACCCAGCCACCUAUGGGUUCUUCCAUCUGUGGGUUCCUUACCUGAAAAGUGCUUCAGGUCUAGGAACUGAGAAAGGGAUUGUGAUGUGUCAUUGGAGCCAGUGCGGUUCCAUUCGUGCCUUAUUUGGUUAUAGGCGUUAAGCAGCAUUCUUGUUAGAUGCCCAUCUAUUUUGCCUAUAGGGGUGUUACUUUCAAUUAAUUAUCUCCUAAACACCCUGUGAAUCAAACCCCCUUAACUAGCCCUCCAAUUUCACCAGUUGUUAUAGUAAUUAUGGCCUCUUGACUUUUGGUAGUUAAGCACUAGUCCUCCAGAGCCCUCUAUUACUUGAGGGUCCAUUACCCCUGAAUCAUAUUAACAAUCCCAGCUCUGUGACCACCUCAUUUACCAUCAGCCCUGGUCUAAAGAGUAAAGCCACUACUGCACUUAGUGAUACUGGUACCUUCUCACAGGCUUAUUCUUGGUGGCCUUAGUGAAUUGUCACUAUUUCAUGACAUAUUCGUCACAGUAUAUCCAUCACAUAGUCAUUCAUCUGACCCUUAUGAAGGUGUGAUGGUUAAUUUCAUCACAGUACAUACAUGCCAUUGUAUAGCAGGUCCUUAACUAAUACAGCAACACCAACGUUUUCAGGCAGAACCAAUAGACCCUGUUGAAGGGCAGGCAAGCCCAGAGCAAACCAUCUAUAUGCAGUUCUUUUAACAGCCUGCAAGGCACUGUAAGAUUAGGGAGACAUUUAUCGAAUUAUGUUCUGUGGAAAACUAGUUCCAUAGGAUAUGAACUGAUGUCAGGAGAAAAAUUAAAUUAGAAAUUUGCUUCAGUGCCAGAUUCUCAAAGCCAUUCGUAUGUGAAUGUUUAGUGCAACUCUCCAAAAGAGAUGAUUUGAUGUGUUCCAUGUGGCAGUAGUAUGAUGUGCAACCCAGAUCCCCCUUCAAAGAACGGCUUGCACCCCACUUGCUGGGUGUAAUGUUAGCAGGCAGCCUGCAGCUGUCAGCCCUCUUCAGGAAUUGGCAUAGCUGUAGAAAACCACUUCACCUAAGGUCACACUUUUUUGUGGAGUGGCCCAUAGCCAAGGAUUGAUCAGUGUGGAGAUACAAAGUUGUUCUCUUGCCCAUCUGAGGACAUCUCCGAGGGCCGUUUUAACUCCAGAGCUCCCUGUGGGGUUGGCCAAGGCUGUCAUUGGACCUACAUUAUAACUCAUUUUCUCCCAAUUCCACUUCUCUCUCUCUUUUAACAAAUGUUUGGCAAAAGGCACUUCUUAAUAAAUAUCCUGCAAUUAAAGUAUAUCUCAGAAUCUGCAUCCUGGAGAAUACUGUCUGAGACACCCCACUUUCUAAUUUUGUUUGCCCAUCAAAGCCCAUUCCCCCCCGCCUUUUUUUUUUUUUUUUUUUGACAGAGGCUUCUUCUUUCACCUGGAAGGGAGUGCAGUGGUGCGAUCUCGGCUCACUGCAGGCUCUGCCUCCCAGGCUCAAGCAAUUAUCCUGCCUCAGCCUCCCGAGUAGCUGGGAUUACAGGUACCCACCACCACGCCUGUUUAACUUUUUGUAUUUUUAGUGUAGAUGGGGGUUUCACCAUCUUAGUGAGGCUAGUCUCAAAUUCCUGACCUCAAGUGAUCCGCCCGCCUGGGCUUCCCAAGUGCUGGGAUUACAGGCGUGAGCCACCGUGCCUGGCCUAAAACCCUUUUUCAUAGAGUACCUAACAAGUGUAGGGCUUAAGAAAUAUAUUCUGGAUGCUGGUAAGUGCCGGUGUGAGAACUAAGUACCUAUGUGGAAAGUAAGGGGAGGGGUACCCAAGACUUAAAUCUCAGCUUAUGAAUUCCUUUGAGAUUUGAAACUAGCUUAAUUUUGAUAUGUAACUCUAAUGCUUAAAGUACUGCAGGAUCUACUAUCUAUGGAGGUGCUACGGAGAGGAUCUAAAUAUUAUGUGACCUACGCAAAUAAAUUUUCUUUUCUCUGUAACAGUGUUUAAAACUCUAAGAUAAUCUGUGGUUGUCAGGUAAAAUGCACUCAUGUCUAUCUGACAGAUACAAAUGUUUUGCAUUCCAGCUGCUUUUAGAUAUUUAACGGGAGAGGAAAAGAGAAAAUAUGAUUAAAGCCUUUGAAAGUCCAUUUCCAAGAAAUAAAAACUGCAGUAGGAAUUCUACAAAACUGAAAAAUCUUCAGGACUGGAAGAUCUAUCCAGAAAAGCCCAGUGGAUUAUAAUAACUUAUUAAAAUAUUUGUUUGGCAAGCCACUGACUAAUACCACUUUAAGAUAUGAAUGCAUUACCAAAAAAAAUUGGAGUGAGUAGUUUUUACAAGUCUUUGAAAUAAUCAUAUUUGUAUUUUGACACUAAUUUGAAAGAAGGAGCUGGCUUGAAAUAUUAAACCUAAGUGAUCAGAGACAAUGAGCUAUCAGACUGCAUGAUCAACGUAGAGCAAUCUCCAAAUAAGAUGAGAUGCAUGCAGCCUCUACAAAUUUGGCUUGGGGAGGAGUUUGCUUCGCUCGCUUGAAUAAGCCACUGUCUAUGGCUCACAAGGGUCCCGUUCUUAAUGAGGUGGUGCGUAGCAGCAACACACUGUGAAUCCAAAUAGCAGAUGGCAACACUGUUGAGUAGGCUGGCAGUCUGAUGUCUAGCCACCAACUGGCAGCAAUCAUUAUUAAACUGAUUCAUGUGCCCAGGGAAAAUCUUCGUAAGAGUCUUAGCAAAUGUGAGCAGCAAGAAGCAAAUGAUCUGCUAUUCCUAUCUGCUAUGAGUACUACCUAUAUUUCUUAAAAUAUUUUUCCCCAGUGCAACCUACACAAAGAAAUGGCAUGUUAUGUGCACUGGAGGCCCUAUUCCUUUCCUAUAGAUGCAUGUAUACCUUUAAACAUGAUAGCUGUGAUUUCUCUAUUUGGUGAAUACCUUUCCCUUGACGGAAAUAGCUUCAUAGCAUUCACCCUAUGGAUUUGUUGCACAUAUUCAAUGAUAGGCAAGCACUCAUAGAUUCUGUAAAUAAAUAACUGAACAUAUUCUAUCUCACAUAAUGAAGCAAUGGCCUACAUUGCUCAUAGUCCAUCUACAUGAGACAGGUAACUCAUCCUUGGGUGAAAAGUUUGUUACACUCACACUUGGUUAGGAAAGCAGACUAAGAAAGGCUCUAGCUUUAGAAAACUUAUGUAAGGAUCUUUCUACAAGAAAAUCUUAAAGGUAUACAUUUAAAAGUUAACUCUUUAUGCUGGGUGCAGUGGCUCAUGCCUGUAAUCUCAGCACUUUGGGAGGCCAAGGUGGGCAGAUCACGAAGUUAGGAGCUUGAGACUAGCCCGGCCAACAUGGUGAAACCCCAUCUCUACUAAAAAUACAAAAAAUUAGCUGGGCAUGGUGGCACGUGCCUGUAAUCUCAGCUACUCAGGAGGCUGAGGCAGGAGAAUUGCUUGAACCCAGGAGGCAGAGGUUGCAGUGAGCACAGAUCACACCAUUGCACUCCAGCCUGGGCGACAGAGCAAGACUCUAUCUCAAAAUAAAUAAAUAAAUAAAAGUUCUGUCUUUACAAACCAAAAUGCUAAACAAAUAGCAUUUUUUUUCAAAUGUUGAAAGUAUGUGUUGUUUGUAACCAAUAAAGCCAAUUUCCACAACUUUAUAUGUUAAUAAACAAGCCUUAAGGCUUUUAUUGAAAAACAAAACCCUGCUUUAUUCACUUACAAAAUACUUACAGUUAAAUUAAAAAACAAAAAUCCUAGCCAUUCUCUAAAUCUUCAUUACAUUUUUAAAAAUUAAGAUACUAGAAUUCUUUUACAUGCUCAUAAUAACAAGGGGAAAGCUGCAGUUAAAUGUCAGAUAUUCCACAUGUUACAAAAUAUAUUUUAUUUUAUGUUCCAUUUAUGGUAAUUUUUUAAUAGAAGCAAAAUUUAAAAUCUUUUUUAAGAAGUAAUAAAAUCACUCUGAAUGGA